AUGCAGGCGGAGCGGUGGGAAGCAGAGCCGGAGCAGGAAGAGACGCGCCGGCAGGAGGGCGGGCGCGGAGGGGGCGAGCCGGCGUCCUUCUCGCGUUGCCGCAUUCCCCGCCCCUCGGCGGAUGGCAACGCCUCGCGGCUGCGCUCACCUACGCUCUGCCCUCCAGGCCAGAAGGAUAGGGCAGACGCGCCAACCGGCAGCGCCCGGCGUUGGGAAGUGCUCUCGGAGUCCAGCAGACACGACUCGAUACAUCACAUGAGCCACUCCCAGAACCGCCCAGAGCUUCCCCCUCUGCCUGCUUCCUCCAAUGAGGAACCAUCGGAACUCUAUCAGACUGUCAUGUCACACAGCUUUUAUCCCCCCUUGAUGCAACGUACAUCAUGGACUCUGGCUGCCCCCUUCAAGGAGCAGCAUCAUUACCGUGGACCCAGCGAUUCCAUUGCCAACAACUACUCCUUGAUGGCCCAGGACCUGAAGCUGAAGAACCUGCUAAAGAUCUAUCAGACAGUCACCAUCAGUGUCCCUAAGGAAAAGAGCCGUCAGGGGUUGCCACCAGCUACUAAAACCUCAGCAGACCAUAACAAGAAGGAAGUGAAGCUUUCUUUCAGAGACAAAGAGGAAGCCACCAGCCCCAAGUUGGUCUGCGACACCUCAACCGGCUUACCUAUGAAGGAGAUGGUGACAUCUUCGGACCUCCCAGGAAGCAGACCAAUGAGUCCUGAAGAACAAAUGAAUGUGAUGUUACAGCAGGAGAUGGAAAUAGAAAGUAAAGAGGCCAAACCGUCUGAAUCAGAUUUGGAGAGGUACUGUUACUAUUUGAACAAUGGCAUCCGGAGAGACAUGAUUGCCCCUGAAGAGGAAAAGGUGAUGAUUCGAAUUUUGAAGCUGAUUUCUAACAAGCUGCGAACAAGCACCAUGGAACCCCUGCUUGAGGAUCUCUUCAAUGAGAAGGAAAAUGACUACUACAGUAGCCUCAUGAAAAGCAUUGUUGAUUACAUCCUCAUGGACCCAAUGGAGAGAAAACGACUCUUCAUCGAAAAUAUCCCCCGCUUGUUUCCUCAAAGAGUGAUCCGGGCCCCUGUGCCCUGGCACAGUGUCUAUGUGUCUGCCAAGAAGUGGAGCAAGGAACAUCUGCACACAGUGAACCCCAUGAUGCUCAGCCUGAAGGAACUGUGGUUUUCAGAAUUCGCUGACAUCAGGUUUGUUCGAACAGCAGAAUUACUGGCAGGACAAUUACCUCUGCAGCCUCACCAGUAUGAGACUGUGAUCCAGACACACUGCGCGGACGCCCACGACAUUCUUCUCAACAAGUGGGUCCCCAGCUGUGCUAAGCUUUUCAUCUCACGGAAGGAACAGUGGAUCCAUUUUGCCCCCAAGAAUGAAUACGAGUCCUCUCAUAUCAUUGAGGAAUAUUUUGCUUCUGUUGCAUCCUUCAUGUCACUCCAGCUCCGGGAGUUGGUCAUCAAGUCUCUCCAGGAUCUUGUUUCCUUUUUUAUGAUACACAAGGAUGGGAAUGACUUUGAGGAACCCUACCGCGAGAUGGAAUUCUUUAUACCUCAACUACUCAUGAUCAAACUUGAAGUAAAUGAGCCCAUUAUUGUCUUUAAUCCAUCUUUUGAUGACUGCUGGAAAUUAAUACAGAACUCUUUCUUGGAAAUUAUUACUAACUCUGAGAAUAUUCCCAAGGUACAGUAUUUACUUAUUCAUAUGGUCUCUACUCUUUAGGUGGAAUCUAUCCUGUUCCCAGAGCUGAAAGAAUAUAGCCUAACACUUGCAACUGUGAAAAUUGAAGAAAAAUUGGUUUCUGAUCUUGUGGAUCAAACUUACGAGGUAUUUCAGAAAAACCAAGUUGGGCCUCACAAAUACUUAAAUGUAUAUAAGAAGUAUGAUGACUUAUUGGAUAACAUGGCUGAACAAAGUAUCACUGCAUUCCUGAAAGAAAAUCAUGACAUUGAGGAUUUUGUGAAGAGGAUCAAUGAAAUUAAGAAGCUAAGAAAUGAAAUUGCAUCCAUGCACAUUACUGUGCCUUUGGCCAUGUUCUGCCUUGAUGCCAUGGCCCUAAAUUAUGAUCUCUGUGAGCGAGCCCAAAAUCUGAAAGACCGGCUGAUUCAAUUCCAAGUGGAUGUAAACCGGGACACCAACACCAGCAUUUGUAAUCAGUACAGCACCAUUGCAGACAAAGUCAGUGAGAUUCCUGCCAACACUGAAGAACUGGUGUUCCUCAUUGAAUUCUUAAAGAAAUCCAGUGACGUCACUGUGUUCAAACUCAGGAGGCAACUUAGAGAUGCAAUUGAACGCCUAGAGUUUUUGUUGGACUAUGCAGACUUGCCCCACCAGAUUGAAGAUAUCUUUGAAAACAGUCGAAACCUGCUCUUCAAUAAGAGGGACCAGGCAGAGAUGGACCUGAUUAAAAGGUGCUUGGAAUUUGAGUCAAAGCUUGAGGGCUACAACAAGGAACUGGAAGCUUUUAGGAAGCGUGAAGUCAUGACCACAGAAGAGAUGAAGAACAAUGUUGCAAAACUUAAUGAGAUAUCAAGGAACUUGGAACAGGCACUGGUGGAAUUUGAGUUGAUCAACAAGGAGGAGGAGCUGUUGGAAAAGGAGAAGAGUACCUUCCCCCUUCUGCAGACCAUGAUGAUCAACAAAGUGCCUUACGAGCAGCUGUGGGCGACGACCUAUGAGUUCAGCACCAAAUCAGAGGAGUGGAUGAAUGGACCCCUCUAUUUACUGAAUGCUGAGGAAAUCGCAGAGGAAAUAGGAACGAUGUGGAGGAUGAUGUAUAAACUGACCAAGACUUUAGUUGAUUUGCCGGCACCCAGGCGCUUAGCGGAGAACGUGAAAAUCAAGAUUGAUAAAUUUAAGCAACACAUUCCAAUUCUGCGCAUCUCUUGCAACCCAGGGAUGAAAGACCGGCACUGGCAGCAGAUCAGUGAAAUUGUUGGCUAUGAAAUAAAGCCCAAUGAAACGACUUGCCUCCAAAAUAUGCUGGAAUUUGGAUUUGGCAAAUUUGUUGAAAAACUGGAACCCAUUAGUGCAGCCGCCAGUAAAGAAUAUUCUUUGGAGAAAAACUUGGAAAAAAUGAAGUUGGACUGGAUUAACAUGGUGUUCAGUUUUGUGAAAUACAGAGAUUCUGAUACAAGCAUCUUGUGUGCAGUUGAUGACAUUCAACUUAUGCUUGAUGAUCACAUUAUAAAGACUCAGACCAUGUGUGGCUCGCCAUUCAUCAAACCAAUAGAAGCAGAAUGCCGGAAGUGGGAAGAAAAGCUAGUUCGUGUGCAGGAAAUUUUGGAUGCCUGGUUGAAAUGCCAAGCCACCUGGCUGUACCUGGAACAUAUCUUCAGCUCAGAGGACAUCGUAGCCCAGAUGCCAGAAGAGGGCAGGAAAUUUGCCAUUGUUGAUAGUUACUGGAAGUCAAUCAUGUCCCAAGCGGUGAAAGAUGCCAGGGUUCUGAUGGCUGCUGACCAGCCCCGGAUGAAUGAGAAGCUUCAAGAAGCUAACCUUCUGUUGGAUGACAUCCAGAGGGGACUGAAUGAUUACUUGGAGAAGAAGAGACUAUUUUUCCCCAGGUUCUUCUUCCUGUCCAAUGAUGAGCUGCUGGAGAUUUUAUCCGAGACGAAGGAUCCUCUACGAGUCCAGCCACACUUGAAGAAGUGCUUUGAGGGAAUUGCCAAGCUGGAAUUUACAGAAAACAUGGAAAUCAAGGGCAUGAUCAGCUCAGAAAAAGAAACCGUCCCAUUCAAACAGAAAAUCUACCCAGCUAAAGCCAGAGGCAUGGUAGAGAAGUGGCUUCAGCAGGUGGAGCAGAUUAUGCUUGCAAGUAUGAGAGAGGUCAUUGGACUUGGGAUUGAAGCAUAUGUCAAGGUACCUCGUGAAGACUGGGUCUUGCAGUGGCCUGGCCAGGUGGUUAUCUGCGUCUCUUCCAUCUUUUGGACCCAGGAGGUAUCCCAAGGCCUGGUUGAAAACACCCUGCCAGUAAGUGCUCGUGACGUGGUGGCCAAGUUAUCUGAGGACAAAAUUUCUGAUCUGAACGACUUCCAGUGGAUCUCCCAGCUGCGCUACUACUGGGAGGCCAAGGAUGUGAAGGUGCAAAUGAUCACUACAGAAGCCUUAUAUGGGUAUGAGUACCUGGGCAACUCUCCCCGACUGGUGAUUACUCCCCUCACUGACCGCUGCUACAGGACACUGAUGGGGGCUUUGAAGCUGAACCUUGGGGGUGCUCCAGAGGGUCCAGCUGGGACAGGCAAAACAGAAACCACCAAAGAUCUGGCCAAAGCUUUGGCCAAGCAGUGUGUGGUCUUCAACUGCUCUGAUGGUUUGGAUUACAAAGCCAUGGGGAAGUUCUUCAAGGGGCUGGCCCAGGCUGGAGCAUGGGCCUGCUUUGAUGAGUUCAACAGGAUUGAGGUAGAAGUACUGUCUGUGGUAGCUCAACAGAUUCUCAGCAUUCAACAAGCCAUCAUCCGGAAGCUAAAGACAUUCACCUUUGAAGGCACCAAGCUCGCUCUGAACCCAACCUGUGCUGUCUUCAUCACCAUGAACCCUGGGUAUGCUGGCAGGGCUGAGCUGCCAGAUAACCUCAAGGCCUUGUUCAGGACAGUGGCCAUGAUGGUGCCAGAUUAUGCCCUGAUUGGAGAAAUAUCCCUCUACUCUAUGGGGUUUCUGGACUCCAGAAGUCUUGCCCAGAAGAUUGUCGCAACCUACCGCCUGUGCUCUGAGCAGCUCUCCUCCCAGCACCACUAUGACUAUGGCAUGCGUGCUGUCAAGUCUGUGCUCACUGCUGCUGGCAACCUGAAGCUCAAGUAUCCAGAGGAAAAUGAGAGUGUCCUGCUGCUCCGGGCCUUGCUUGAUGUCAACUUGGCCAAGUUCUUGGCUCAAGAUGUCCCUCUGUUUCAGGGAAUUAUAUCAGAUUUGUUUCCUGGAGUUGUUCUUCCAAAGCCAGACUAUGACAUUUUCAUGAAAGUGCUGAAUGAGAAUAUCAAAAAGAUGAAACUCCAGCCAGUACCUUGGUUUAUUGGGAAAAUUAUUCAGGCUAUCACCAUGGGGCAAUUAUAUGGAUGCUUUGACCCAGUGAGCCAUGAAUGGACAGACGGUGUCCUUGCCAAUGCUUUCCGGGAACAAGCAUCUUCAGUAUCUGAUGACCGCAAAUGGAUUAUAUUUGAUGGGCCUGUGGAUGCUGUUUGGAUUGAAAAUAUGAACACUGUUCUGGAUGACAAUAAAAAGUUGUGUUUAAUGAGUGGUGAGAUUAUCCAGAUGAGCCCCAAGAUGAGCCUGAUCUUCGAGCCAGCUGACCUUGAGCAGGCCUCACCAGCCACUGUGAGCAGGUGUGGGAUGAUCUACAUGGAGCCACAUCAGCUAGGCUGGAAGCCCCUGAAGGAGUCAUACAUGGACACGCUGCCCCCCAUCCUCACUGGAGAGCACAAGGAAUUGGUUGAUGACAUGUUCAUGUGGCUCGUCCAGCCCUGCCUGGAAUUUAUUCGCCUUCAGUGUAGAUUUGUGGUCCAAACGUCUCCCAUCCAUCUUGCCUUCUCAAUGAUGAGGCUGUACUCCUCUCUGCUUGAUGAAAUCAGGAAUGUGGAAGAGGAGGAAAAUGAAUUAUUUGAAGGCCUGACAAGCCAACAGAUCUUCCUCUGGCUGCAAGGCUUAUUCCUCUUUGCCUUGGUGUGGAGUGUGGCCAGUACCAUCAAUGCAGACAGCAGAAAGAAAUUUGAUGUGUUUUUCCGCAACUUGAUCAUGGGCAUGAAUGACAACCACCCAAGGCCCAAAAGUGUCAAACUCACCAAAAACAACAUCUUUCCAGAAAGAGGAAGCAUCUAUGACUUCUUUUUUCUCAAGCAAGGUAGUGGACAUUGGAGUCCAUGGACAGACUGUAUUACCAAAGAGGAAGAAACUAUCCCAGCUGGUGCAAAGGUUUCAGAACUCAUCAUUCCCACAAUGGAGACAGCCCGGCAGUCCUUCUUCUUGAAAACCUACUUGGACCAUGAGAUUCCAGUGCUGUUUGUGGGUCCCACAGGCACUGGCAAGUCAGCCAUCACCAACAAUUUCCUUCUCCACCUUCCCAAAAACAUCUAUCUCCCCAACUUCAUCAACUUCUCUGCCAGAACCUCAGCCAAUCAGACCCAGGAUAUCAUUAUGUCCAAGCUGGAUCGGCGGAGGAAAGGCCUUUUUGGCCCCCCCUUGGGGAAGAAAGCUGUAGUGUUUGUGGAUGACCUCAACAUGCCAGCCAAAGAAGUGUAUGGGGCCCAGCCCCCCAUUGAGCUUUUGAGGCAAUGGAUUGACCACCGUUACUGGUUUGAUAAGAAGGACACGAACAGGCUGUACAUCACAGAUGUGUUGCUUGUGACAGCUAUGAGACCCCCUGGGGGAGGAAGAAAUGACAUUACUGGACGAUUCACUCGCCAUUUGAAUAUCAUUUCCAUCAACACCUUUGAGGAUGAUAUUUUAACCAAGAUUUUUAGUUCCAUCAUUGAUUGGCACUUCACAAAAGGGUUUGAUGUGAUGUUCUUAAGGUACGGAAAGAUGCUGGUACAAGCUACUAUGGCAGUUUAUAAAGCUGCAGUAGAAAAUUUCUUGCCAACUCCCUCCAAGUCACAUUAUAUCUUUAACCUGCGAGACUUCUCACGGGUGAUACAAGGGAUACUGCUGUGCCCUCAUACCCACCUGCAGGAUGUAGAGAAAUUUAUCCGGCUUUGGAUCCAUGAGGUUUAUCGGGUCUUCUAUGAUCGUCUGAUUGACCAGGAGGACAGACAGGUCUUCUUCAACAUGGUGAAGGAAAUCACUUCCAAUUGUUUCAAACAGACCAUGGAAAAGGUCCUUAUCCACCUGUCGCCGACUGGAAAGCUUGUUGAUGAUAACAUUCGUAGCCUCUUCUUUGGAGAUUUCUUCAAACCAGAGAGUGACCAGAGAAUCUAUGAUGAGAUCACUGACUUGAAACAGCUCACAGUGGUCAUGGAGUAUUACCUGGAAGAGUUUAACAACAUCAGCAAGGCCCCCAUGUCCUUGGUCAUGUUCAGGUUCGCCAUUGAACACAUCUCCCGGAUUUGCAGGGUCCUGAAGCAGAACAAAGGCCACUUACUUCUGGUGGGCAUUGGGGGCAGUGGGAGGCAGAGUGCCACCAAACUGUCCACAUUCAUGAACUCAUAUGAGCUGUACCAGAUUGAGAUCACCAAGAACUACACAAGCAGUGACUGGCGAGAGGACUUAAAGAAGAUCAUGCUACAGGUCGGCGUGGCCACCAAGAGUACUGUGUUCCUCUUUGCUGAUAACCAAAUCAAGGAUGAAUCAUUCAUUGAGGACAUCAACAUGAUUCUGAACACAGGUGAUGUGCCCAACAUUUUCCCAGCUGACGAGAAGGCUGACAUUGUGGAAAAGAUGCAAAUGGCAGUCAGGACAGAAGGAGAGAAGAUUGAAAUCACUCCUCUCUCUAUGUAUAACUUCUUUAUUGAGAGGGUAAAAAAGAACCUUCAUGUUGUCCUUGCCAUGAGUCCAAUUGGGGAUGCCUUCCGGAACCGCCUACGGAUGUUCCCUUCGCUGAUCAACUGUUGUACAAUUGAUUGGUUCCAGUCCUGGCCCACAGACGCCCUGGAGUUGGUGGCCAACAAAUUUCUGGAAGAUGUGGAACUUGAUGACAACAUUCGGACAGAGGUUGUCUCCAUGUGCAAAUAUUUUCAGGAGAGUGUGAGGAAUCUGUCACUUGAUUAUUACAACACACUCCGCAGACACAACUAUGUAACUCCUACCUCCUACCUCGAAUUGAUUCUGACCUUCAAAACACUCCUCAAUAGCAAGAGGCAAGAGGUUGAUAUGAUGAGGAACCGCUACCUAACAGGCCUUCAGAAGCUUGAUUUUGCAGCUUCCCAGGUGGCAGUCAUGCAAAUAGAGUUGACUGCCCUUCAGCCUCAACUCAUUCAUACCUCUGAGGAGACUGCUAAGAUGAUGGUGAAAAUUGAAGUGGAGACAAGAGAAGCUGAUGCCAAGAAACUUCUGGUGCAGGCUGAUGAGAAAGAAGCCAAUGCUGCUGCCGCAAUUGCUCAAGGAAUCAAGAACGAAUGUGAGGGGGACCUGGCCGAGGCAAUGCCAGCACUGGAGGCCGCACUAGCAGCACUCGACACCCUGAACCCUGCGGACAUCUCCCUGGUGAAGUCCAUGCAGAACCCCCCCGGCCCUGUCAAGCUGGUCAUGGAGAGCAUUUGUGUUAUGAAGGGGCUGCGACCAGAGAGGAAGCCAGACCCCGGCGGCUCUGGUAAGAUGAUAGAAGAUUUCUGGGGGGUAUCAAGAAAGAUUCUUGGAGAUCUGAAAUUCUUGGAGAGUCUUAAGACAUAUGAUAAAGACAACAUCCCCCCAGCUGUCAUGAAGCGGAUCCGAGAAAGGUUUAUCGAUCACCCAGAUUUCCAGCCAGCUGUCAUUAAAAAUGUGUCAUCAGCCUGUGAAGGUCUGUGCAAGUGGGUGAGGGCCAUGGAAGUGUACGACCGUGUGGCCAAAGUGGUGGCUCCCAAACGGGAGCGGCUGAGGGAGGCCGAGGGGAAGUUGGAUGCACAGGUGCAGAAACUAAACCUGAAGCGGGCAGAGCUGAAGCUGGUGGAAGACCGCCUGCAGGCCCUGAAUGUCGACUUUGAAGAGAUGAACAUGAAGAAAAACAACUUGGAGGAAAACAUUGAAAUCUGCUCCCAAAAACUAAUCAGGGCAGAGAAGCUGAUCAAUGGUCUUGGGGGAGAGAAGGACAGAUGGACAGAAGCUGCCCGGCAGUUGGGCAUCCGCUAUAUUAACUUGACAGGGGAUGUGUUGGUGUCCUCGGGAACCGUGGCUUACCUGGGUGCCUUCACAGUGGAUUAUCGGACCAAGUGCCAGAAGCAGUGGUUGGAGUACUGCAAGCAGAAAGUCAUUCCUGGCUCCAGUGACUUCAGUCUCAGCAACAUACUAGGGGAUCCCGUAAAAAUCCGUUCCUGGCAGAUUGCCGGGCUGCCCAUUGACUCUUUCUCCAUUGACAAUGGCAUCAUUGUGUCCAAUUCCAGGCGUUGGGCCUUAAUGAUUGACCCCCAGGGGCAGGCCAAUAAGUGGAUUAAGAACAUGGAGAAAUCUAAUAAGCUGUCUGUCAUCAAAUUCUCUGAUGCCAACUAUGUGAGGACGCUGGAAAAUGCUCUGCAGUUUGGCACCCCUGUCUUACUUGAAAACGUUGGAGAAGAGCUGGAUGCCUUUAUUGAACCAAUCUUGCUCAAGUCAACAUUCAGGCAGCAAGGGGUUGAAUAUAUGAGGCUGGGUGAAAAUAUCAUCGAAUACUCCAAGGAUUUUAAGUUAUACAUCACAACCCGUUUGAGGAACCCACAUUACCUCCCUGAAAUUGCCGUGAAAGUCUGUCUCCUUAACUUCAUGAUCACACCCUUGGGUCUCCAAGAUCAACUCCUUGGCAUUGUGGCUGCCAAGGAGAAGCCAGAACUGGAAGAGAAAAAGAACAAGUUGAUUGUGGAAAGUGCCCAGAACAAGAGACAGCUGAAGGAAAUUGAAGAUAAAAUCUUGGAGGUCCUCUCCAUGUCUGAGGGCAACAUCCUUGAGGAUGAAACUGCCAUCAAAGUUUUGUCUUCCUCUAAAGUGCUGUCUGAAGAAAUAUCCGAGAAACAGGAAAUUGCUUCUGUCACAGAAACACAGAUCGACGAGACCCGGAUGGGCUAUAAGCCAGUGGCUAUUCAUUCUGCCACCAUCUUCUUCUGUAUCUCUGACCUGGCCAACAUUGAGCCAAUGUACCAGUACUCCCUGACAUGGUUCAUCAACCUGUAUGUUCAAUCCCUGGCUAAUAGCAAGAAAAGUGAUGAGCUGGACCUACGUAUCGAAUAUAUCAUUGAACACUUCACCCUGAGCAUUUACAACAACGUUUGCCGCUCUCUUUUUGAGAAGGACAAGCUGCUCUUCUCCCUCCUCCUGACCAUCGGCAUCAUGAAAGAGAAAAAGCAAAUUAAUGAAGAAAGUUGGUACUUCCUUCUCACUGGAGGUGUUGCGCUGGAUAACCCCUUCCCCAACCCAGUUCCUGAAUGGUUGUCUGAGAAGGCGUGGUCGGAAGUUGUCCGGGCAUCCUCAUUACCCAAACUGAAAGGCCUAAUGGAACAUUUUGGACAAAAUGUUGAGGAAUGGAAGUUUAUCUAUGACUCAGCCUGGCCCCACAUGGAGAAAUUUCCUGGACAAUGGGAGUUCAUUCAAGGGCUGGAGAGGAUGGUGAUCCUCCGAUGUUUGCGGCCUGACAAAAUUAUUCCAGCUGUUCGGGAGUUCAUUGCUGAACACAUGGGAAAGGUGUAUGUAGAACCUCCUACAUUUGAUCUCCAGGGCUCCUACAAUGAUUCCAGUUGCUGUGCACCGCUGAUUUUUGUGUUGUCUCCAGGGGCAGACCCAAUGGCAGGCUUGCUGAAGUUUGCUGAUGAUCUUGGCAUGGGAGGUGCCAAAACCCAGACCAUCUCCCUUGGCCAAGGCCAAGGACCUAUUGCUGCCAAAAUGAUCAACACUGCCAUCAAAGAUGGAACAUGGGUGAUCUUACAGAACUGCCACCUGGCCACAAGCUGGAUGCCUGCGCUGGAGAAGAUCUGUGAGGAGGUGAUCAUUCCUGAGAGCACCAACAUGCAAUUCAGACUCUGGCUAACGAGCUAUCCAUCAGAGAAGUUUCCGGUCAGCAUUCUCCAGAAUGGGAUCAAAAUGACCAAUGAGCCCCCCAAAGGGCUCCGGGCCAACCUUUUGCGCUCCUACCUCAAUGAUCCUAUCUCAGACCCUGUGUUCUUCCAAAGCUGUGCAAAACCAAUAAUGUGGCAAAAGCUUUUGUUUGGCCUUUGCUUCUUCCAUGCCAUCGUUCAAGAGAGGAGAAACUUUGGACCCCUAGGUUGGAAUAUUCCAUAUGAGUUCAACGAAUCUGACCUGAGGAUUAGUAUGCGGCAGACCCAGAUGUUUCUGAAUGAAUACAAGGAGGUACCAUUUGAAGCUCUGAUCUACCUGACAGGGGAAUGUAAUUAUGGAGGCAGAGUAACUGAUGACAAGGACAGGCGUCUCCUGCUGUCCCUUCUGUCCACGUUCUUCUGUAAGGAAAUUGAACAAGACUAUUACUCCCUCGCUCCUGGAGACACUUACUUCAUCCCUGCCCAUAGCACCUACCAGUCCUACAUCGACUAUCUCAGGGGCCUCCCCAUCACAGCCCACCCAGAAGUGUUCGGUCUUCAUGAGAAUGCCGACAUCACCAAGGACAACCAGGAAACCAACCAACUAUUUCAGGGGGUGCUUCUGACCCUCCCCAGGCAGUCAGCAGGGAGUGGCAAGUCCCCUCAGGAAGUGGUUGAGGAGCUGGCCCAGGACAUACUCUCCAAGCUUCCCAAAGACUUUGACCUGGAAGUGGUCAUGAAGUUGUACCCUGUGGUCUAUGAAGAGUCCAUGAACACCGUCCUGAGGCAAGAGCUCAUCAGAUUCAACAGACUAACCAAAGUGGUUCGCAUAAGCCUCAUCGAUCUUGGCCGAGCCAUCAAAGGGCAGGUCCUGAUGUCCUCAGAGCUGGAGGAUGUCUUCGACAGCAUGCUUGUGGGUAAAGUGCCUGCGUUGUGGGCAGCCAAGUCCUACCCAUCGCUGAAGCCCCUAGGGGGUUAUGUGACUGACCUGCUGGCCCGCCUGGCCUUCUUCCAGGAAUGGAUUGACAAGGGGCCUCCUGUGGUUUUUUGGAUCUCCGGAUUCUACUUCACACAAUCUUUCUUGACAGGCGUCUCCCAGAAUUAUGCCCGGAAAUACACCAUCCCCAUUGACCACAUUGGCUUUGAAUUUGAGGUGACCAGACAAGAAACAGCCAUGGAGAAUAAUCCAGAAGACGGGGCCUAUAUAAAAGGGCUUUUUUUAGAAGGUGGCCGUUGGGACAGAACAACAAUGCAGAUCGGGGAGUCUCUCCCCAAAAUCCUCUAUGACCCACUGCCCAUCAUUUGGCUGAAACCUGGGGACAGUGCCACGUUUUUGCAUCAGAACAUUUACAUGUGUCCAGUCUACAAAACAAGUGCUCGGAGAGGUGUCCUCUCCACCACAGGCCACUCCACCAACUAUGUCCUUUCCAUUGAGCUCCCGACAGACAUGCCUCAGAAGCACUGGAUAAACCGAGGGGUAGCCUCAUUGUGCCAGCUGGAUGACUGA